UUUUUCAUUUUUUUGUAACAAUUUUAACAUUUUUUUUUCUGUUACACAUAUGAAAAAAAGGAGAUUUAAAAAUUUGAAAGAAAUAUCUAUUAAAAGUUCAUUAGCAAUUUGUACAUUAAGAGUCCCACGUAAAUUGUAUCAGCGGUGUUCAUUAACAUUCCCGUCAUUUGCCUUCAGUUUACUUGUUACCUUCGUAUUGUGACAAUCGUUCUCGCUAAACGAAGCGAAUGAAUUCGUAUAGAAAAUUCAAGAAAAAGAAGAUAUGAAUAAUUUUCCACGAAGUGAUUAUUGAAUCAACACAAAAUCAGUGAUUUAUUAAAUACAGGAUUUUCGAAACGAGUUAUUGAGAAAAUAGUAAUUAUUUUUUGUGAUGGCUAAAGGUGAAUUGAAAUUGUCGGAUAUAAAAGACGUGGAAAGAAAUGAUGGGGAGAAAGCGAAUAAAAUAAGAAAUUUGGUGGCAUUUUGGAUUUUGGGAUUGUGCAAUAAUUAUGGAUACGUUGUUAUGCUCAGUGCUGCUCACGAUAUUCUCAGAGAACGAUUUGAUCACAAAAAUGAUGAACCGCCAAAAAAUACAUGGGAUAAUAGCACAAGUGAAACGUAUAGGCACUGCAAUACUAUCUCAACUGGAGCUAUACUUUUAGCUGAUAUAUUACCAUGUUUGAUAGUUAAGUUAAUUUUUCCAUUUGUGCCAUACUUUGUUAAUACUCGCGUUCUUGCCUGUAUAUUGUGUUCAAUUGCCGGUUUCCUAUUGGUCGGCUUGGGUGAAACGAGCAUAAUUAUAAUAUUGGGAAUUGUUCUCACGUCAAUUUCUUCUGGAUUAGGAGAACUAACAUUAAUUGCUUAUUGCAAUCGAUUCAAUAAACAUGUGAUAACUUGCUGGUCGUCAGGAACUGGGGGUGCAGGAAUAUUUGGUGCUGUUUCGUAUGCAUGUCUGAAAAUUUGGUUGUCCACGAAACAAACACUCUUAUUAAUGCUGAUAAUUCCAUUUUUAGAGGGAAUUGCAUUUUGGAUUAUUUUAGAAAUACCGAAGGAAACAGUACAGUCAGACAAAAGUGGUAUUGGAAGUCGAGAGCAAAUAAUUAAAGUUCAGGAAAAGAGUUUGAAGGAAAAAUUACGUUUGGUGCCGACUUUGCUGAAAUAUAUGUUGCCUCUUGGUUUAGUCUACUUGCUCGAAUACUUUAUCAAUCAAGGCUUGUUUGAACUGAUCGAGUUUAACAAUAUUUCGUGGUUGGGUCCCAGUGAUCAGUAUCGAUGGCUUCAGGUUGACUAUCAAAUUGGUGUUUUUAUAUCCAGAUCAUCAGCAGUAUUAUUUACUUUUAAUAAAAUUUGGAUCAUGUCUGUUUUACAGUUCAUAAACGUGAUUAUUCUACUUUUUGAAUCCAUAUACUAUUAUAUGCCUAGUUUUUGGAUUGUUUUUUCUAUUGUUUUGUGGGAAGGACUUUUAGGUGGUGGAGCAUAUGUGAAUACUUUUUACAAAAUCUCAAGACAGAUUCCUGCAGAAGAUCGUGAAACUUCGUUUUCGAUUGUUGUACUCGCUGAUUCGAUAGGAAUUGCUUUAGCCGGUUGGAUGUCAAUGCCGGUGCAUAAUGCUAUUUGUCAACUUCCACGACCAAUUAGAAAGUUUUAAUUUAUUUUUUACUUACAGUCAGUAUGAUUCAUAUUGCUCACUAACAAUAGUUUAUUGUUACUUUUUUUAUUGUUUUGAUAAAAAAAAUUCGAGUUAUAUGAUAGAUAAGUUAUUAAUAGUAAGUUUCGAUUGAUUUUUUUUAAUGAAUGGAAUCAAAUUAUAAUUUGAAGAACAAAAAUAAAAUCAACUAUCAUAUAA